GCCGUGCCGCACCGCCCCUCGCCGCCCGCCAUUAGCCGAGCGCAGCGUCACUCGCGGCGCGGCCCGCCUCAGCCGCUGGCGGCCAUUUUGCGUGCGGGCAGCGCGGGGCGGGCGGCGGCGACGGGCGCGGCCAUUUUGGGUGCCCCCUCUCCCCGCCCGGAGAUGGGCAGUGGGUGAAGUUUGCUGCUGUGUCUCCGAGUGUCUGUCAGGAGUUCUCAGUUCAUCCUCCCUCUGAAUUUCCUCACCACAGGAAGCUGCUUUGCUAAGGGCCAGCUUACACUGACCUAUCAUGGCAUCCAACAAAUUUGUCAUUAAGUGUGGGAACUUUGCUGUCUUGGUGGAUGUUCAUAUUUUGCCUCAAGGCUCCAUUAAAGACACCAGCUGGUUUUCAGAUCAUGAGAAAGAGUGGUUUCUCUUUCAGGAGGUCUGCAAGCUGCUGGAAGAAGUUGUUGCUUCAAGGGUCAAACACUACUUGGAGGCACCUAAACAGCGUGGUCAGUGGAAGCCCACGGAACAGGGAUCAUCUGGGCCUUUGUUUCUUACUGCCAACAGUUUGCACAUUACUGCCUACUUUAUGAAGAGAUGGGUUAAUCUCCGUUGUGCUCUAGGGAAACGUUAUCGUGAGCUCCGUGUGUUUCCAGAGAAAUUUAUUGUUUGUGUCAGCAAACUUGACUUUGAUCCAAGUGCUUGGACAUGUGACAAUGGUGGAUUGAAAGAAGAACUUUCCAAUGGGACGUCUGAAUAUUUUACUGAAUCUGCUGAGAACAAGAAGCUUAAGAUUAGUCUGAGUGAACAAAUAAAGAGAGACAUCCUGAGAAAAAUUGUGAAGAGGACAAAACCAAGGAGAAGUAGUGCAAGCAAACCUCAAAUCAGCAAGGACUCCAAGAAAGUGUAUCUUGGCUGUGCAGACUUGCAGACAGAGAACAGAGACUGUGAGAGUUCUCUCAGUGCUCGGUCUGCUGUGAAACGUAGGAGCCCAGGCCUGCUGAAGGACUGCACAAACACAGCUGAGAGCAGCUUGGGACUUCCUGUGCUGGAGCAGAGAAAUGAUGUUCAUCAGAGAGAGCCAGGAGGGGUUCACAGCCAGCACAAACCUGACUCUCUGGAGUGGCCAGAGGCGAGUCUGCUAAGUGAGAGCCCUCCUUGCAGCUCCGAGUCAGCGCUGCCGGCUCCUAGACAGAGUCAGAGGGUGGCCAGAGCACAGGCUCAGCUCGACACCCCUGGUUCUGAGGAAAAGUCAGAGCAUUUCACAGAAGUGUCCUCUGAAGAGACUCCUUUAACUUGUAUCCAUACAGAAAUGAGUAAGUGUGAUGAUCAUUGUUUGGGUCCAUUCCUGGAGGAGAAGACACCUCUUAAUUCCAGGUUGUUUUCAAAGCAAGACGUGACAAAGACUGUGGUUGACAAGAACUCAUUGAUAUUGAGAAAAAACCCCUCUUGGUCUCUUUUUGUGAGCAGCAGUGGAGUGCAGACAAGCCAAAGUGAGCCAAGCACAGUCCCUGAAGAGCUGCCUGCAGUGCCAUCAUCAUGUCUAGAACUGCACCCUGUGUCUUCAGAGAAGCUUUCCCAAAAAAGAAAAAAAGAAGUGGAAAAUGGUCUCCGGAAGUUAAAACUGCGAAGGCUUAAGAAGUCAAAAUCUGAAAUACUGCCUUGAUAGCAUGAGUGAUCAGCCAAGGUUGUGCCUAAGCAAAGAGCAAGAAGCAAUUCAAAAUGAUGGAAAACAAUAAAAAUACAAAAUCAAAAUUA